AUGGUCUUUGUAUCGAUUUUCCAGCUUAUUUUGCAGUUCAUAUAUGCGUCUUUCGCUCUGUUCACGUUCGUCUUGAUAGCCGGAGCCGCAUCGCAAAAAGUGCUCAGUCCCGGUCUUUUAAUGAUGUGUUUUUCUUUUAGCACUCUUUCCCUGUUUUGGACUUGCCAGGUGUUGAUGAAUGUAUUACACGUCACCAUUUCCGGUGUAUUUGCAAGUUUUUACUUGACUGGAGGCAAGUAUUCAUCUCCGAUCAGCAAAUGUCUUCAACGCGCUCUUACAACAUCGUUUGGAUCAAUUUGCUUUGGGUCCUUGAUCGUUGCUGCAAUUCAAACAAUCAGAUUCAUGGUGAGGUCUCUAAAAGACGAGAAGUCUGUGGUCGGCGCGAUUGCUGAUUGUAUUUUGGGAUGCAUUGAAAAUCUUGCCUCCUAUUUCAACUUUUUUGCCUACACUGAGCUUGCAAUAUAUGGCCGCUCUUUCGUCUCUUCAGCAAAAGACUGCUGGUCUUUGAUCCGGCGUUCUGGUGUUGAGCUAAUUGUAAAUGAUGUUCUUUCAGGUGUGGUCCUUACCCUUGGAAUGCUUGCCGUUACUGUUGGUGGGUCUUUAUAUGGAAAAUUUCUGGUCUCCAUUGUCCUUUACAAGCUCACGCAAUCUGCAGCUGAAAUUUACAUAUUCAUCACUGCAUUGGAGUUUCUGCUUUCAUAUGCAAUGUUGGCAGAGAUGAUUAGAUCUGGCAUCAAUACUUCGAUUGUCUGCUUUUGUGAAGAGCCGCGGGGCGUUCAAACUAGCAAUCCUGCAUUGUAUGAAAAAUAUACAGAGGUCAUCUCGGGAUAUCAUGCCUAA